CUUCCUCUAUCCGGUUAUGGACGCCUGCUACAGAGACAUUUAAAGCAGCUGCGCUCUAACACACGACCAUCCUCCCGCUCAGGACCCGAACCAGACGAGUUUAUCCUCAGACUUCAAAGAUGCCCGUGGCUGUAGGUCCAUAUGGCCAGACGCAGCCCAGCUGUUUUGACCGGGUCAAGAUGGGCUUCAUGAUGGGGUUCACAGUGGGGUUGGCUGCAGGCGCCAUGUUUGGCACUUUCUCCUGUCUCAGGAUCGGCAUGCGUGGCAGGGAGCUGAUGGGAGGAGUGGGGAAGACCAUGAUGCAGAGCGGAGGGACGUUCGGCACCUUCAUGUCCAUCGGUAUGGGCAUCCGCUGCUGAGGACGACGACCAGGAACAACCUCCUCCACAUCCACGCUAUUACACAGCUAUGGGACUUUUCCAGUUACUAUAACUACAGCUCUCUGCCAUCUCCAUGCUGUCUCACUCUCCAACAACCGUCUAGUUUUGUCAAUAAAUGUUCAGAUUCGUCAAAUGGU